UGAAGCAUCUAAUGGACGGGUUGGAUUCCUUGAUCACAUCACUGGACCCCACAUCUGGUCGGUACCACCAAGCUCCACUCCAUGUACGGAGACGUAUAACUUGGGACGGUAUGAACGGCCAAGAAUGGCAAUGGAUCAACAUGGGUUCGUUGCGACUAACGAAAGAAGUCAACAUAAGUCACCCCGAGAAUCCAAAGCACCCUAACUUGCUCUGUGCUCAUCUAGAAAUUUCACGGCAGCAUCGUUUCACAGAAACCAAGUUGCUUCUGAAAGCCUUGAAAGAGAGACUUCAGCUAGAAGCAGCUAUGGAAUUCUUCUGGGAGACUGCGAAGAAUGCCACCAAGAAUGCAUGGGAUCAAUACAACUACUCUAGAAGCCUCCAAGAGAAUCUUCAUGUUCUGAAAAAUGAAAUGCGGGAGUUGAGUAGCCGGGAGGCCGACAUAAAGAAUGAAUUGAAUAUAGCGAAGAUACUGUAUGGAAAGAAGCCAAAAGAAGAGGUGAAUUUAUGGCUCGAAAAUGUGGAAAAGAUUAUAAGUGAAGUUACUAAGAUAGAAGAGGAUUCUAGACAAGUAAGGAGAUAUUACUUGCUCUCGCAUUUAGCCUUGGGAAAGCUUGUUAUAAAGAAGAUUGAAGAGGUGGUGAAGCUUAAGGAGAAAGGUCAAUUUUCAGAAGGGUUACUUGCUUAUCUAUUACCUGAAAGUGGAAGUAUGCCUACGGCGAAACUCAUGGGUGGAAUGACAGCUGAAAGAAAUUUGGAACGGAUUUGGGAGUUUGUGACGGAUCAUGACGUCAGAACUAUUGGUGUCUAUGGCAUGGGGGGAGUCGGCAAGACAACCAUCAUGACCCAUGUCUAUAAUAGAAUAAUAAAGAGCUCCAUAAUAUUUGGCAUUGCUAUUUGGGUGACGGUGUCUAAUAAUUUUAAUAUUGAGAGACUGCAAAAUGACAUUGCACGAGGAAUAGGAUUGAAAUUUUCCAAUGAAGAAGAUGAAAUGAGAAAGUCAAUGAAAUUGUUUGAGGCUUUGAAGCGUAUGGAGAAGUUCGUUAUUAUUUUAGAUGAUGUGUGGAGACCAUUUCCAUUAGAAAAGGUAGGGAUUCCUGAGGGCAGUGCAUACAAAAUAAUAUUGACUACUCGUUCAAAACAUGUGUGCCGAGGCAUGAAGUGCCAUAAAAAGUUUGAAGUGGAGGUUCUUCCCAAAGAAGAAGCAUGA